ACAUUUGCGAGGGUAGUAAUGGAAAAGUACCCCAAGCUUUUCGAUGAAAAAGAGGAGGAAAAAAAAAAGAGAAAUUUGAAGAAAUAUCUUCACCGUCGGGCAGUCCAAUCUUCGAGCCAAGCCUUAGAAUGGGAAUCUCGGCGUCGAAGCGGGUCCGGUCCUCCCUCCACAGCUUGCCCGAGUUCGACUCGGCCUGCGACUCGGCCUACGACCACUGCCUCGUCCUCACUCAGCACGCCUUCGACGGCGUCUUCCCCUACCAGCUCUCCUCCGCCUCCGCCCGCCUCCACCACUCCCUCUCCUCCGCCUCCGCUCUCGUGUCCAGGUGGGUCCCGUCUCCCCCUUCCCAGUCCCAGGUCGACCGCGCCCUCCGCGCCACCACUCGCCGUAUGCCCCGGCCCGCCGGCGGUGGGGGAGGCGAUGGGCCUCAGCUGCUCGGGGAGGCGGAGUUCAGGGAGUGGGCCGUCGAGCUGUUCGCAGGCGCCGUCGUGGAGAGCGCGGGGAAGGCGGUGCUGACGCGGGUGCCGAUCGGGGUGGCGGGGAUCGCGGGGCUGGGGAUGGCGACGAGGAGCGGGAAGGAGGUCGUCGGGUCGUUGAUCGGGGUCUACGCGCUCGGCGUGGCGACGUCGAUUUAUCUGGGCUUGUCCGGUUAGUUGACUUGUCAAUUUUCUGUUUAUAAAUCAAAUGUUAAUUUCAAUACGGGGCAACUCGUUCGGAUUGCAAUAUGAUGAAAUUGGUGAAUUCGA